AUGCUCACAUGCGACCUUCUUACUGGACAAUUUAAGCGCCUCGUCAUGCAAGGCGAUGUUGCGGACAACGGACUUUUUGAGCGAUGCGGCGUUUCUUGGCCGGAUCCUUCGACAGACGUCACCCGCUGCGACAGAUUGCGGCACGGGAAACAAUAUAUACAUGCAGGUAAAGAUCCUGUUGGAUUCCCCGACACAUCCUCCACGUUUCCCGAGAUCUACAACCAACAGGAACAACAAACAAUUGAAGAUCCCAAAGCAGAAUUCGCAAUGGUCUCACUCAAGAACAUGCAAGCGGCCAAUGAGGCUCUGCCUCGCCGAAGCAUCACAGCAGUCUUCGUAGGCGCAACAUCUGGCAUCGGACUGGGAGCAAUCGAAUCAACGCUGAAGCACACCAAAGCAUCGAAGCUCUACAUAAUAGGUCGUUCACGCUCCAAAUUCCAGGAAACACUCACACGCCUGGAAGAGAUUGACACGUUUGCGAGCCUAACCUUCGUCGAAGCACAGGUGUCGUCGUUGAAAGAGGUCGACCGCGUGGUCAGCAUUGUCGAGCAGCAAGAGUCCUACCUCGACAUAUUAUGGCUCUCACAAGGCGGUCUGGAUGCCUCAGCAUACACUCUCAACGACGAAGGAAUACUACCAAGUUUCGCAAUCACAUACUACUCCCGCAUGCUGUUCAUGCACCGCCUCGCACCACUAUUACGGAACUCGCCCGACCAAGGAAUAAUAUCCGUUCUCUCCGCCGGCGAAGAAGGCAAAAUCAACACUUCCGAUCUGGGCAUACAAGAUCCCAAAAACUACGGCUUCAUCAGCGCAACAAAGCAGUGCGUCACCAUGAUGAGUCUAGCCAUGCACGAGAUGUCCCUCAAAGAACCCAACAUCAGCUUCAUGCAUACAUUCCCCGGAGCAGUGAAGACCAACGUCCACGACAAGUGGGCACGAACCUUUACUGGAGCAUGGACGCCGGUCGGAUGGGCUGUCGAUUGGGUUAUGACACCUGCUCUGCACUUGUUCUCAAUGACAGCCGAGGUCGCGGGAGAGAUUGGGUUCUAUGAGAUGACGAGCAAGAGGUUUGCGGCCUCGAAAGAUCAGAACUCGUUCCGGGUGUGGGAUAAUGCGGAGGAGACGUGCGGAUGUGAGGAGCUGCUGAUGCAUUAUCGGUAUGAUGGGACGGCGAAGAAGUUGUGGAAGCAUACGAUGGAGGCUUUUGAUAAGGCGCUGCAAGGAUGA